CUUUUCCACUGUUGAGUUUUUUUUCAUGUUGUCCUGUGUUUCUUCCAUGAAAGCUCGACUUUGAGCUUUUCAACUUCAUCUUCUGAAUCUCACUUUUAUGUGAAUGUAAUUUCUUUUAUAUAAGCUUCCAAUUCUCUGUGUUUCUUUUGGGUUUUCAUCAUCUUCUUUCAUAUGGGAAAAGGUGGCCAAGACUAUGCCAAGAGAGAUCUUCCAAGCCCAAGAGCUCCUAUCAAUGAAAUCAUCUUUCCUGCCUGGGCUAAAGAAGUUCAAGAAUGCGAAAAACACUAUGAAACCGACAAAAUUUCUGGAUUGAGCCACUGGGAUGUCAUCAAAAAGCGCCAAAUUUAUGGUGACAAUGAUUUGGACAAGCAUGAAGGACCAUCUUUCUGGAAUUUGAUUCUCGAUCAAUUCAAAGACACUGUUGUUCAAAUCCUCCUCGUGGCUGCGAUUAUAUCUUUCGUGCUCGCUUGGUAUGAUGGCGAAGAGGGAGGUGACGAAUUCACCAAGUUCGUGGAGCCAAUGGUGAUAUUUCUGAUCUUGAUUGUGAAUGCAAUUGUUGGAGUCUGGCAAGAGAACAAUGCCGAAAAGGCAUUAGAAGCUCUGAAGGAGAUUCAAUCGGAUCACGCGAAUGUUAUUCGAGAUAACAAAAGAAUUCUCUGUUUACCCGCGAAAGAGCUUGUCCCUGGUGACAUUGUUGAGCUCAAAGUUGGUGAUAAAGUGCCAGCAGAUAUGAGGGUUUUGCAAUUGAUAAGCUCUACGUUAAGGGUGGAGCAGGGUUCAUUGACAGGGGAGAGUGAGGCUGUGAAUAAAUCAAACAAGACGGUGGCUGAAGAUGCUGAUAUUCAGGGCAAAAGGUGUAUGGUGUUUGCCAGCACGACGGUGGUCAAUGGAAGCUGCAUUUGCAUGGUGACACAAACGGGAAUGGCGACGGAGAUUGGGAAAGUCCACACCCAAAUCCAUGUGGCUGCUUUGUGUGAGGAAGAUACGCCAUUGAAGAAGAAAUUAAAUGAGUUUGGAGACCUAUUGACCAAGAUAAUUGGUUUGAUUUGUGCUUUGGUCUGGAUUAUCAAUAUUAAGUACUUCUUUUCUUGGGAGUAUGUAAAUGGGUGGCCGAGUAAUUUCAAGUUCUCAUUCGAGAAGUGUACAUAUUACUUUGAGAUUGCAGUUGCGCUGGCUGUAGCUGCAAUUCCAGAAGGUUUGCCUGCAGUGAUCACUACCUGUUUGGCACUUGGCACCAGAAAGAUGGCACAGAAGAAUGCCCUUGUGAGGAAAUUGCCUAGUGUAGAGACUCUGGGCUGUACUACUGUCAUUUGUUCUGAUAAGACGGGUACUUUGACGACUAAUCAAAUGGCAGUGGCAAAGCUUGUAGCCAUGGGUGUUACGGCUGAUGAGGUUCGGAGUUUUAAGGUGGAGGGGACUACUUAUAAUCCAACAGAUGGGAAAAUUCAAGAAUUGCCAGUUGGUGAUAUGGAUGCUAAUCUUCAAAUGAUUGCGAAAAUAGCUGCUGUGUGUAAUGAUGCUGGAGUUGCUCAGUCAGAACACAAGUAUGUUGCCAGUGGAAUGCCAACUGAAGCAGCUCUUAAGGUUCUGGUUGAAAAAAUGGGCCUGCCAGGAGAAUCUGAUGAUCAAAUAUGUUUGAGCCCCGGUGAUGUAUUAAGAUGCUGCAAACAAUGGAGUAAAACUGAACACCGAAUUGCAACUCUUGAGUUUGAUCGUGAUAGGAAGUCUAUGGGUGUUAUUGUCAACUCUCAAUUAGGAAAGAGGUCUUUGCUGGUGAAGGGUGCAGUAGAAAAUCUAUUGGAGAGAUGCUCCUCCAUGCAGUUGCUUGACGGUUCUGUUGUGAAAUUGGAUCAAAAUUCGAAGAACCUUAUCUUGGAAGCCCUCAAGGAGAUGUCCACAGGUGCCUUGCGCUGUUUGGGAUUUGCGUACAAAGAUGAGCUCCCUGAAUUUGAAACUUAUGAUGGCAAUGAAGAUCAUCCAGCUCAUAAGCUUCUACUUGAACCAUCCAAUUAUUCAUCGAUUGAGACUGAACUUAUCUUUGUUGGCUUGGUUGGGCUGAGGGAUCCUCCUCGUGAAGAAGUUUACCAAGCAAUCAAGGACUGCAAAGCAGCAGGUAUCCGUGUUAUGGUUAUUACAGGAGACAACAAGAAUACAGCAGAAGCUAUAUGCCGCGAAAUUGGUGUAUUUGGACCUGAAGAAAACAUUAACUCGAAAAGCUUAACAGGUAGAGAGUUUAUGGAACUUCAUGAUCAAAAAUCGCAUUUUAGACAAAGUGGUGGGCUUUUAUUUUCUAGAGCUGAACCGAGGCAUAAACAAGAGAUAGUGAGGUUGCUUAAAGAAGAUGGAGAGGUGGUUGCCAUGACUGGUGAUGGAGUAAACGAUGCACCUGCAUUGAAACUAGCUGACAUUGGUAUUGCUAUGGGCAUUGCUGGCACAGAGGUAGCUAAGGAAGCUUCUGAUAUGGUGUUGGCUGAUGAUAAUUUUAGCACAAUUGUUGCUGCUAUUGGUGAAGGGCGAUCUAUUUACAACAACAUGAAGGCUUUUAUCAGGUACAUGAUCUCCUCAAACAUUGGUGAAGUGGCCUCUAUAUUUUUGACAGCCGCUUUAGGAGUUCCUGAAGGCCUCAUUCCUGUUCAGCUCCUGUGGGUCAACCUUGUCACUGAUGGACCCCCAGCCACAGCUUUGGGAUUCAAUCCGCCAGAUGAGGGCAUAAUGAAGAAACGCCCUCGUCGAAGUGAUGAUUCACUCGUCAACACUUGGACUCUAUUCCGCUAUCUGGUCAUUGGGCUAUAUGUUGGAAUAGCAACUGUUGGUGUAUUUAUCAUCUGGUACACACAUGAUUCAUUCUUGGGCCUUGACCUCAAUGGGGAUGGCCACACUCUAGUCACAUACUCCCAGCUAGCUGAUUGGGGCCACUGUUCAUCCUGGAAAAACUUCACUGUUUCACCUUUCACAGCUGGGACACAGGUCUUCUCGUUCGAUAACAACCCUUGUGAUUACUUCAAGCGUGGCAAAGUGAAAGCCACGACACUCUCCCUCUCUGUGUUGGUUGCCAUUGAAAUGUUCAACUCUCUCAAUGCCCUUUCUGAAGACACUAGCCUUUUGGUGAUGCCCCCAUGGGUGAAUCCAUGGCUCCUUUUGGCCAUGUUCAUCUCAUUCAGCUUGCACUUUCUGAUUCUUUAUGUGCCAUUCCUUGCUCAUAUGUUUGGCAUAGUCCCCCUCAGCCUCAACGAAUGGAUCCUGGUUUUGGCCUUUGCCUUCCCAGUGAUUUUGAUUGAUGAGACUCUGAAAUUUGUGGGAAGAUUCACAAGAGUGUUAUCAACAUCCUCCAAAGGGAAGUCUCUGAAGCCCAAGUCAGAGUGAGACAACAUGUGAAUGGUGGGGAAAGUUGCUAAUAAUGCUGCCUUUUUAUGGCCGGAGACUUGUAACAUAGAUGUCUUAUCACACUGCAGUUCCUAUGUAAG